AUGCCAGACACAGCAAGCGGAAAGGUCAAAGCGAGCAGGGCAAGUGCCCCUAAGAGAAGAACCGGAUGCGGGACUUGCAAGAUCCGGCACAAACGAUGUGACGAAGCUAAGCCUAUCUGCCAGAACUGCAGCAAGACUGGACGGGUUUGUGAUGGAUACAUUGACGGCGUAACCGGGCAGCAGUAUGGCGGCCAUCCGACUCGUACUUCGAGGUCCGUUUCGCCUCUCCCUAGGUUCUCUUCGCCCGGUCUUUUUAACGACCAACAAGAAGCUCAGGGGUUCCGCUUCUUCAUUGAUGGAACUGGUCCCCAGCUCGGAGUAAGUAUGGGAAAUAAGAAUUGGUCCACACCUCUGCUCCAGCUUGGGCAACAAAAUUCGGCAAUCCGUCAUGCAGCUAUUGCUGUGGGGAUCAUGAGCAAGAGAUUCGAAGCCAAUGAACUAUCCGUAACAGCAGACGCACACGCAAAGGACCUCAGUAGCCUUGCAUUGACACAGUACUCUAAGGCUAUUGGUCAAUUGCGGCUACUACUUGACACUAGUCCUGGCGACAAAUCCGUCUUGCCCCAUAAUGCUCUCGCGUGUUGUAUUCUGCUCAUGUUGUUCGAGUUCCUGCAGGGUAAUGCAGAUGGGGUCCGACUCCAUCUGGCUAAUGCCGUGAAGCUCACGGGGCCCGCUCAUACCAGCCCUCUGGGCCAGCAUCUACUCUCCCUUUUGGUUUCCUUGGACAUGGCCAGUGUUUUGUGGUUGAAUCUAGACCGUGCCCAUACCGAUGCUUCGCUCCCAUUCCCCCAGCUUCAGACUUGUGCAGUGCCCUUACAGCCGCAUGCCAAUCUGGAAACACUAUGUUACGAACUUGCCGGUAUUGGAAAUGAUAUAAUGGCCUUUAGCCACAACGUCGUACGCACACGACAACGAACACCAGGCUCUGGUCGUGAAGAUUUGCUUCAGAUCCAGAAAACUAUUCAAUCACAGUUAGAUCUGUGGUAUCAAUCUUUUUCGAAUACCCGGCCCACCGUCAAUGAUGUGAUGGAGAGUCGUCAUUUCUUGCUUCGGGCGAAUUAUCUAUUUCUUACGUUGAAACUCGAUAUCAUCAACAUACACAACAGAUCCUCUGCAGUCGCGGCUCGAAAGAAAGUCCCUCACGAAUCGAGAAAUUUGAAGCUUACUCAGUUCUCUGAAAUCCUAGACUUGGCUGAAGCGGCUCUGGAGACUAAAUAUCCAUCAACUCGCUACGAUGCUUUUACCGGCGAGAAAGCGCUAGAGCCUACCGGCCUCUUACCGCUCUUUUCGUUUCGAACCAGCUUCAUUUUGCCCAUCUUUUUUGUCGCGCAGAAUGGUCCUGAUACGAAUUUACGCUGGCGCGCUGUUAGGAUACUAUCUGAAAGACCUUGGCGUGAAGGGGCAUGGGAUUCAGCCGCUAUGGCGGCGAUUGCGGAACGUUCACUGAGGGCUCAAACUCCUAUCGAUCCUUAG